AUCCUCGCCCUUACCAUAUCCUAAGCUAUGGAACGCUGCUGGGAGUGCAGGUCUACCAGACUUUCGUUGCAGGGAUCGUCGCCUUCAAAGCUCUGCCGCGCCCACAAUUUGCAACCCUACAGGGUGCAGUCUUUCCGAUCUAUUUCGGACUGCAGACCGCGCUGCCUAUAGUUGUCAUCUUGACUCAUUCGGAAGGCGGGCGGGCAACCAGCCUCUCUGGGAGUCUGCCUUCAGAGAGCAUUUAUAAAACACUACUUCCUUUGGGAACUGUGUUUUUGACUGGCUUGAUCAAUCAGUUUGUGCUGCGUCCCUUGACGAUGCAAGCGAUGCGGGAGAGAAAGCAUCAAGAAACUCGUGAUGGCAAGAAGAGCUACGAUCCGCCGCCGCACUCUCCGGAGAUGACACGCUUGAACAAGAGAUUCGGCCGAGUCCAUGGCAUCUCAAGUGUGCUCAAUAUGCUCAGCCUUGCUGCUACGCUCUACUAUGGCGUGGUUCUCAGUAAGAGACUUGCCUAGUUCAUCACUCCCUCUGAUCUUAUAUACCUAGGUUGCAGUAAACUGCAAUGAA